CAAAUCCUGGAACACGCGGACGCUGUUUUCAGGUGGUUCGCUCUCUCUGGAUAAAUCGGGAAAGUCGCGCGUGUCCCGAGAGUCGCGGUGUAAUUAUAAUUUUAAUUACUGACGAAGAGGUGCUAGGAGUUUAUUUUUAUGCAUAUUGCGGAGGCUUUUUGUUACGUGGUAGUUAGAAAGAAAAAAAUUGAAUUUAUUUAAAUUAAAAGUUAAAAAAUAUAUAAAAAAAUUUGCACGUGUUGGUGUUAAAAUUAGUGCAGUGUAGUGUUAAUUUUAAUAAUAUCUGUUUUUCGCGUUGUGAAAUACCUAUUCUAACGAUUCUGUUAAUUAAUGUAGCUGUUUGGUUUUAGUUCAUCUUCUUUUUCUUUUGGUGUUAGUUUUGAAUGAGAAGUGUUCCUGAUGGUCACUCUAAAAUGGACAGGGAUAUUGUUAUUAAGGAUAACUUACUUCAUGCAUUGGAUAUACUUUCUUGUGCUGCUCAUCAAUGCUGUUUCUCCUGUAGAACUAUUGAAACAAACAAGUUUAGGUGACAGAGUCCCCAGGGAGGCCGUCACCGAGAAUUCCGUAACGCUGAACCUGUUUCCCGAGGAACCCAUCGCCGGUGCUUGUAAGCCGUUUGUCAACGUCACAAAUAACCAAUUUUUCAGUCCGGGAUAUCCGGCUGAAACUUACACGAACAAUACGGAUUGUGUCGUCGUGCUUCAAGCCCCUCCAGGCCACCUCAUCAAACUCGAUUUUCGGGACUGGUUUCACAUCGAAAGCAGUCCAGAUUGCAAGAACGACUACCUAGAAGUGCGCGAUGGAGCCCAUGGUUUCAACACGCAACUCCACAAGCCCUUCUGCGGAAGAACCUUCCCUCCCAUGAUGACUUCCAGCGACCGCUUUCUAUGGGUCCACUUCAAAUCGGACGAAAAUAUUGAAUUUUCCGGUUUCAAAGCUGUUUUCGAGUUCAUCGAACGGCCCGAAGAAUCAAAAAAUCCCGAAGCCCGACCCUGUGUCUUUGAGCAUGAACAAUUAGAUCAGCAUGAAUUUGGAAAAACAGACAUCGAUAAUGAAACCAUGGAUUUCUAUAUAGACUACGAUUUGCCAAUUGAUUGUCUUUGGUCGAUAACCGUAAAGCCUGGCUGGAGAAUUUACCUCCAGUUCGCCGAAUUUUCCCUGGAAAAACCUAACGACUGCACCAGCAAUUUCGUGCAGGUGUUUUCCGGGAAAACUGACAUGGCUUCGAACGACAAGGAAUUUUGCGGUUCGAUCGCCGACUCCGUUAUGUCAAAGGGCAGCCGAAUGUUCGUCAGAUUUUUCUCGGAGUCCAAAGGAAAGAAAACCGCCUUCCAGGCAAAUUUCACCGCCUAUAGGGAACUCGUAGCAGGAAAAAAUCAGAAGUGCAAUGAAGAAGAGGAGUUUGACUGUGAAGACGAGACCUGUAUACAUAAAACUUUAAAAUGCAACCAAAAGUACAACUGCAGAUUUAGAUGGGACGAAGAGGACGAAAGUUGUAUAGUAGCGCAGUCAAUGACUUGGUCAGGAGACCACAUUAUCAUCAUCAUGGUGAUAUUUUCGCUAAUACUCACCGGAAUGUGCAUCACUUUUGUAUACAAUUGUAUCACUAAACUUAUUAGGGAUCAUCGGACAAUACAGGAAUACAUCCGUCAGAGUCGCGAACAGCAGCUCAACGAACUCGAGAAGCAAGACCAAAUAGAGAAGAGAUCGAUGAAGUCUCGAACUAGAUCGCACAGCUCGCCGUCAAUCGACUCUUCCAACCGAUAUGACGGGAGCGUCCACGUGGUCACUUCGGCGACUCCUUGUUACGUUCCUGGCGGCGACGUGCUCCCGAUUCUCAUCAGGAACGAGCACAGCAUGAGUCCGUCGAACGGGGAUGCCUACAACACCAAUAUAUAUACGGUGGACAGUGACAGCAUCCCGCAAAUGUGCGAUAGCGCGUGUCAAACCAGGGAAAGCCUUUUUACAACUCAGGGAUAUAGUUCGGGUAAUUCGACUCCUAGUCACAGUACCCAUACGAAUUCUCCACCAGCCCCUUUUAGCACGUUCGGAUAUAAGAAAGAAAAGGAGAGAGAGACCAAAUUUAAGGCGGAAGCCAAGAUAGAGAUGAACAAGCACGAGGAGAAGCGGCGUCCGUACAGCGUCCAGACGACGAAAUCAGCGCCCGACGUCAUCGUGACGCACUGACAUUUCGACAAAGCCGAUUGGGAACCUUAUCGACGAAGGUACCCGCGGCGCAUUGGUGCACACGUCUCCUUCAAGGAGAUUCUUGGAACGGAAGGGACUCAAACGUAUGAUACUGAUUUUUAUACUUAUAACUAAAUAAAACAAAUAUACUUAUAGGCAAUUUUUAAUCAAUAAAAAAAUGAUGUUUUUUUGGAAAUCGGAUUGGGAGAAUCGUUGACUGGAUGAGGAAUUUAAGGUUAUGUUUGUAAAUUUGUUAAUAUAAUUUCAAAUACAUAAUAAUUUAUUGAAAAGAAAUGGAACGUUGCAC